AUGGCAUCGACGGUCGCGCCAGAAGCGGCCGAGCCGGACAGCGACGCGUCCAGCACCGAGGAGCAGGAGGCGCGCAAGCGGCCGCGGGGAGACCCGGAUUCGUCCAGCCCGAAGAAGCGCCGGAAGCAGACGACGCCGGUAAGGUUCCCCCUAUCCCUGGCGGCGGAAGAGCACGCGGAGUCCGAGUCGGAGGCGGAGGCGGAGGCGGAGGAGCUGGACCGGGCGGGUAAGUCGGGGAGUCCGUCGCGACUGUCCUCGAUGCCCGUCGUCGUCCAUCGUCGGCCGAACGGCGAGGAGGUCGCGGGCGAGCACGAGGAGAUCGAGCACGGCGACGAGGCGUCGAGCUCGCGCCAGCUGGGCGAGUCGCCGGACUCGCGGAACCGCGUCCGGCUCGCGGCGGACGUCUUCCAGCCGAUGGACGCGUCGGGCAGUCCGAUCGACCUCUCCGGGCUCGGCGCGAAGGGCUUCGGGCCGCCCUGGAUGUCCGGACCCGUGCAAUCGCAGAUGCAGACGCAGACUCAGUUCCAAGGCGAGGAGUGGCAGUCCCAGAGCGUCGUCUCCUCGAUGGCCUCCGUGGGCUCCCACCUCCAGGGACUCCCCUUUCCGAACGCCCUGGCCCAGUACCUGCCCUUUCCCGGAUUUCCUCUGCCCGAGACCAAUCCCGCGCAUCGGGUUCCCCCCGUUGGCUCGACCCCGGUCAAGAUAUUCAACCCCGACGCGUACUGCGACCUCUGCAACAAGGAGUUCUGCAACAAGUACUUCCUGAAGACGCACAAGGCCAACAAGCACGGCAUCUACGUGGACUCGCCGGUCCAGAGCGCGGAGGGCGGAUCCGCCGUCUACUCCGGCGCGUUUCCCGGGGCCAACGUCAAGAUGGAGGUCGCCGGGGGGUCCACCUCGACUUCCGGGGUUCCCUGCGAGGUCUGUCAGAAGCGAUUCAAGAACGAGGACUCCCUGAGGAAGCACAGGCAGAAGAUCCACGGGGACGGCGUGGAACUCUCGGAUUCCCAGCUCGGGGGUCCGAGCUCGACGGCGACCGACGAGGACAGGGACGCGGCCAGGCGGAGCUUGACCCCCGGCACCGUGGCAGCUCUCUUCCGGCAGGAGUUCGCCGUCGAACAGGAGGAGACGACCUUCAUGCCCACGCCCAGGAGACUGUCUCCGAGCUCCAUGCAGCAGGCCAAGGACUCCGGCUUCAGCGCGGACCGACUGCACCGCCUGGGCGUCGUCAACCCGGAGGCCUUUUGCGAGCUCUGCUGCAAGGAGUACUGCAACAAGUACUUUCUGCGCACCCACAAGAUGAAGAGGCACGGGAUCUUUGUGCAAGAGACCUCGGAGAAGUCGCCGGGCAAUCCGGGAGUCGCGGCUGACUGGCCCCAGGUGCAGACCAGCCCGCUAAACCUGAUCGUGACGGAGAACGCGGGGACCGGCUCCGAGUCCGGAGACCGGCCCGGGGAGGACUGCGAGUGCAAGACCUGCGACCUGAGAUUCCAGACGUUGGCGCUGUACCAGGCGCACCGGCGGAAGAUGCACUCCGGCUACGAGCAGCGUUCUCCGAAGACCGAGGGAGACGCCGAGUCCUCCGAUCAGCGCACCGACUCCAUAUCCGAGGACCUGCGGAAGCUGCAGACCAUGAUCCUUCAGCUGAACGGCCUGGAGUCCGUCAAGGGGACGUCCUGCGCCGAGGGCGGGAAGGAGUUCGACGCCGAGUCGUCCUUCCGGGCGCACGUGGCCGCGGAGGACCCGACCUCGCCCUCGAAGGAAGCGGAGAGCUCUCCGACGCCCCUGCCCAAGUCCUGCUGUGCCCUCUGCGAGAAGGAGUUCCCCGAUUACGAGGCGCUCCGCGGACACAUAACCGAGGAGCACCAGCCCGGAGCUCCGAGUUCCACGAGUCCGAUGCAUCCUCUGCCGGCGCCCGCGACGUCGGGGCCCUCGACGACGCCCGCUCUUCAGCCCGAGCGGAAGUUCCCCUCCUCCGUGACUCCUACCUCCAGCUAUUGCGAGAUCUGCAACAAGGAGCUCUGUAACAAGUACUUCAUGAAGACGCACAUGCAGCGGAUGCACGGCAUCGAGAUCGAGAAUGGCGCCCAGAUAGGCGGAGUGAUCUGCAACAUCUGCAACAAGGAGCUGUGCAGCAAGUACUUCCUCCGGGUCCACAAGCACAACACCCACGGCAUCGUCGAGGAGAGCCCGAGCGGCUCGACCAAGCAGGAGACCUACGACUCCUCGAGCACGGAGGAUCCCGCCCUGAAGCCCGAACAGCUGAGCGACCUGAGCCACCGGUACUUUAACCACUUCACCGAGGUCUGUCCGGUCUGCAACCGGAGAUUCCGGAGCCUGAAGUGGCUGAAGGCCCACCUCCUCGGGGAGCACGGCAAGGUCGGGAUGGACAAGUGGCGAGAGAUGGAGCAGCAGGGCCAGUCGGCUCCGAAGGCCGGCGGCAGGUCCUCGGGCCCGUCCAAGGUCUCCGGCAUCCGGAUACCCAACGGCUCCAACGGCUCGGAGCCGGCGCCGUCCCUCGACGCGGCCGGCUUCUCGGGCAUGGGCAGCCACGUGCUGACCAGCCUCUUCGGCGCUUCCACGGAGGAGCAGCGGCGCAAGAGCUACCGCUGCUCCUACUGCGGCUUCGCGACCUCUGUCCUGCCGUACCUCUUCCUGCACGAGAAGUCGCACACCGGCUCCCAGGAGGCCGAGGCCGCCGAGGGCGACCGGGCCCUCCGGUGCCCCGUCUGCUCCCAGGGGUUCGCCCAGCCGGAGCUGCUCCACCACCACCUGCUGACCAGGCACCAGUUCCCCCUGCUGCUCUCCCACUUUCAGGCUCCGGCGCUCCAAGGCCCGGAGCUGCCGCCCCAGGAGCCGAAGGACGACCCGCCGCGCGGCUCCGCCGCCGACUCGCCCGGGACCGCCAGGAAACCGGACGACGCCGCGGUGCGGGUCACUCCCCAGGGCGCGUACAAGUGCGCCCAGUGCGGCUUCGCCACCGCCAACCUGAACAGAAUCAAGAAGCACGUGAAGAAGGAUCACCGGUCCAUCGGGGAUCCCUGCGAGAGCGUCAUCGCCGAGCUGGGCAAGGCGCUGAAGGACGUCGCCAACAAGCACAAGGUGCCCGCGAGCUACGCCGUGCCCCAGGAAGCCGGCUCCCCGACCGAGCGGACCAUCAUGCAACCCUUCAAGAUCGAGGAGUGCGACGCCGCCCCGGCGGGGGAGGAGGCCGGUCGCUUCGCGCCCGCCCUCGUCUACCUGCCGGUCAGGACCAGGGUCACCAACGUCCUCACCGCCUCCUUUACCCUCAGCCCGGCCUGA